GCGAGCUCACAGAUAGUCUUCAUCAUGACCAUCAUCAUCAUCUCUCUGCUCCUGCUGGUUUUUCUUGGGCCAGACCUGACCUUCACUGCUCGUGUGGGUAUAGAGGACGGCACAGAAGCAAAACCUCACUCCAGACCUUACAUGGUUUCUCUUCAAUAUUAUGGGGAGCAUAUCUGUGGUGGAUCCCUCAUUACUGAAGAGUUAGUCUUGACUGCUGCACAUUGCUGGGAAGAAGGUGACGUCCUGACAGUUGUGGUUGGCGCCCAUGGUUUGAGCAAAAAUGAAAUUUACGACUCCUUUGAAGUGGAAUCCUACAUCCCGCAUCCAGACUAUAACCUGAAUCCUGAUCUGAAUGACAUCAUGCUUUUGAAGCUAAAGAAUAAAGUCAGACUGAGCAACAUCGUUGGACUGAUAUCAUUACCCAAAGAUGGAGAAGAUGUUGAAGCAGAUACUCUCUGUAGUGUUGCUGGUUGGGGAGGUUUGUGGAGUAAUGGCCCAGUGCCUGAUCGUCUAAUGGAGGCAGAGACAAUUAUAGUGAAUGAUGCUGAGUGUGAACGCAGAUGGGGAUCUUAUUAUGUGGCUUCAGAGAUGAUCUGUGUUUAUGGACACGGUGGAUCCUGCAAUGGGGAUUCAGGAGGUCCUUUGGUUUGUAAUAACACUGCUGUUGGUAUCACAGCUUUCGGUGACCGUUAUCUCUGCAAUUCACGUCUCUAUCCUAAUGCGUAUACCAAGAUUUCAACAUAUCUUCAGUGGAUCCAAUUGAAAGUUAAAAACAUUUAGUGACUUCAUGAAAAAAGGAUGAAAUGCUUUUCUUGAAUUUUUCCAUAUAUCAUUCAAUAAAACAAUCAAAUUGCAAGCAUCAA